UGUCUACCAAAGACAGGCCCAAAAAGUCAGUUUGUAUCUCCACCCCUUCCAGUACAGAAGUACAGCAGGAUAAAUGGCAAAAUUUAUUCACAGGCAAAAGGAAAGCCUUCUAGAACACCUGCAUCAGGACCUGCUAGUGACAGAGGCAACUCUGAGACAAUGCCAGCACUAGAAGAUUCUUCUAGGACUUUUAUGGUAGACACGUCUCCUAAUGAAGCUCAUGUUUUGGUACCAUCUGGACCUGCAUAUACAGACAGUGAAGAGAUAGAGAGAGAAACUGCUUAUCCUGAUGGAAAGGUUGAAAAGGUUUUGAAGAAUGGCUGUCACCUCGUAUUUUUUCCCAAUGGGACAUGGAAAAAAGUGGGUUCUGAUGGGAAGACUUUAACUAUAACCUUCUUCAAUGGGGAUGUGAAGCAGGUUAUGCCUGAUCAAACAGUGAUUUACUAUUAUGCUGAUGCUAAGACUACACAUACUACAUAUGCUGAUGGCUUAGAGGUCUUGCAGUUUUCAAAUGGACAAAUAGAGAAGCAUUAUCCUGAUGGCAAGAAAGAGAUUACCUUCCCUGAUCAAACUAUUAAGAACUUAUUUGUGGAUGGGCAGGAAGAAAGUAUCUUUCCGGAUGGCACUAUUGUUCGCGUCCAGCGAGAUGGAAGCAAAAUGAUAGAGUUCAAUAAUGGCCAGAGAGAACUGCACACAUCCCAGUUCAAGAGACGGGAGUAUCCGGAUGGCACGGUCAAGACCGUGUACGUGGAUGGGCAGCAGGAAACCAAGUAUGUCUCUGGGCGAGUGAGAGUGAAGGACAAGGACGGUAACGUGAUCCUGGACACCAAGGUAUAG